AUGCCCGAAUCACACGCAACCCCUUCGACGACAGCGCCUCCCGCAGCAGCAGAUGCUACUGAGACCAAGAGUCUCUGGACCGAGUACACUCAUCAGGAUGGUCGCAAGUACUAUUACCACACAGUCACCAAACAGACCGUCUGGCAGAAGCCCGAUGAGCUGAAGACACCCAAGGAGCUGGCUCUGGAGGCGUGUGUCUGGAAGGAGUACUCGACCCCCGAAGGCAAAAAGUACUAUCACAAUGCGAAAUCCUCAGAGACUGUUUGGACUGCACCCGAGGAAUACAAGACCCUCUUUGAUGAACUCGCGGAAGAAACAAAGGCAAAGGAGAAGGCAGCGGCAGCGGCUACACCUGCUGCAUCAGGAGCUGCCACAACAUCGACGGCGACUUCGGCUUCGGCAACAGCAACUGCAGCUCCAACAACCGCAUCAGUGGUGACACCGGCACCUGUGACAACACAAAUGUCAUCUCUCCCAGUUAGACCCAUGACGCCCAACUCCUCUUCGACCGUCUCGAUCCCCUCACCCCUGCGACACCAGGCGAUCCCACCAGCAUCUCACCAACACCAACACCAACAAUCAUCCCUCCCACCCCGCGAUCUGAAUGGACCUCCGUCGUUUAUGCCGCAUCAGAACCCCUCGUUCCGUCAACCUGCCUUUCAUCACCAGCAAGGAGCACGUCCACCUCGUUUUCAGCAGUCGUUUGUCCCUCAGGAAAGCACCACGACUCGCGUCAGCGUUCGGGAAAGUGAAGUUAGCCAGACCCCAGAGUUUGCGACCAGACACGAAGCUGAAGAGGCAUUUAAGGGACUGCUCAAGGAAACGGGAGUGACAUCAACAUGGACAUGGGAGCAGACAAUGCGUGCAGUGGUCACCAACCCAAUGUACCGAGCCCUGAAGACAACUGCAGAGCGCAAGACAGCCUUUCAGGAGUAUGUCGACGAUUGCCGGGUACAGGAGAGAAAGGAGGAGAAGGAACGCCAACAGAAGCAAAAGCAGGAUUUGUUGGAUCUUCUGAAAUCGAGCGACAAGGUGACACAUGCCAGUCGCUACACCACUAUCUCUCGACUGUUUGCAGAGGAAGCGGCAUUCAAGGCGAUCGAGGACGACCGGCUUCGUUUCUCUAUCUUUGACAGCUAUGUUAGCGACUUGAUCAGGCAGGAGAAGGAGGAGGCUCGCCAGAGGCGCAAGUCUGGCAUGUCUGCUCUGCUAUCGCUUUACCAAUCCAUGGAGGGGAUCACGCUCUUGACGAGGUGGUCGCAGGCUCAGGAGAUGUUGCAGGAGAAUAGCGAGUUCAAGAAUACUGAAGUUAUGAGCGGACUCAACAAGGUCGACCAGCUCGCUGUUUUCGAGGAUCAUAUCAAGCAACUCGAGAAGGAAUAUGAUCAAAACCGAAUUAAGGAACGUGUCUUGAGGAAGCGAACUGAGCGGAAGCGGCGAGAGGGAUUCAAGGAACUCUUGUCAGAACUCAGGACCAGUGGACAGCUCAAUGCCAAGAGCUGCUGGAUGCAGAUCCACCCCUUGAUCAAGGAUGAUGCACGGUACACUAGCAUAUUGGGACAACCCGGAUCAACACCCAUGGAGCUGUUUUGGGAUCUCAUCGAGGAUCUGGACGAGAGGUUAUACCAGGAUCGUAAAAUGGUCCAGAACCUGCUGAGUAACAUGGAUUACCAAGUUCAGCCAGAGACUACCUUUGACGAGUUCCAGGCAGCGGUUUCAAAACAGGAGAAGGCCGCAGACAUUCUGGCUGAGGAUCUCAGGUUGAUCUUUGAGCAGCUCUUGGGCAAGGCGAUCCACCACAAUAAGGAGGAGAAGCGGCGACAGGAGAAACUUGCGCGCAAGAAGGCCGAGUCGUUCAGGUUCAUGCUCAAGAGCUUGGAUCCUGCAGUCACUGUUGAUUCUACCUGGGAUGAUGUGAAGGUCAAAGCCGAGUCGACAUCUGAGUACACUGCACUUGAGACGGAUGAGAAGAGGAAAGAGAUCUUCGACCGGUACAUCGAGCGCCUAAAGGAGCGAGUUUCAAAGACGCACGACAGCGAUGACGAAGACGGCUCGAUUCUUGAAGAUGAUGCAGACUUGCAAACAGCAGCAGUAGCAAUCACCACGGCGAUGGCUCGCGGAGGUCGAACCAGAGUUCACGCGAUGUUGCAUCGUCAGGAUCUAAGCGGCCGCACCAAGGCGAAAAAGGAUCUCGGAGUGGAGAACGAGGUGCAGUGGGAUCAGGAUCAGAGGAUGAGUCUGAGAACCAUGAUCACCCAUCCAAGUACGGAGGCUACUGAAAAUGAGUCGACCAAAGAUGUACCAAUGAAGGACGCCAAUGGUGAAGGCGAGGAAGCAAAAGAGACCACUUCUGCCAACUAA